AUGCUUCUGCACAUGAGCGCGGAUUAUCAUCACGUGGUUGAUGACUGUGAAGAGGCGUGGGUCGCGUGGGCGCGUUUGAAGACGCUGUACGGCGGGUCGCAGAAGGCUGGACGCAUCUACUUGAAGCGCCAGUUGUUCAGCAUGGAGAUGGCGGAAGGCGGCAAUGUGAUGCAUCAUUGCAACGAAGUCCUCAACAUCAGCGCGAAGCUCAGCAGCAUCGGCGCCAAGAUGGAGGACGAGGACGUUGCGAUCUGCUUACUGCGCAGUCUGCCCAAGAUUUCGAGAACGGGGUUCUCAACUUGGAGAUGA